AUGGAAUCCACACAAAAUUAUCUGCAUGAAAGAAGCGGCACACUAGGGAGGACCUGGUUUGAUACCAAGAACCCUAAAAGCCACAUGAUUCUCACUCCACCGAGAAGAAUCCAAAUGACAGACAGCAAUAGCUUCACUUUUAUCCCCAUAUUCACCAUCCAAAGAAGCCCUAAAAACCCUGCUUAUACUUUCUUGAUAAUGGCAGUAGAAUAUUGUUUAUGGGUAUGGUAUGGCAUUGUAUGGCAUGCAACUGAUUUAGGGGCUGAAAUUUCUUGGAUUUUCAUUAUGCUUGGGCUUGUGGUGAAUCCUGAGAAAAAGAGAACAAUUCAAGAAGAUUUGGGAGUUUUUGUAAUGCAAAAGGAGUUGAAUCAGCUUCUUGUUGGGAGAGGAAAUGAGGAGAGGAAUUAG